GGUCCAGAGUCCCGAGCAGCGCAGCGCUGCUUUUACGCGUUUCUCCAGAUUCCGUCCCCGCUGCGCUGCGCUCGUGAGCGGCUCCAGAGCGUGCGGCGCAAACCGCGCUUUUGCGCUUCCGUCAUUUAGGUUUCCCUGAAAGGUCGGACUGAAGAGCAGCUGGACUUUGACUCAUGGGAAUUUAGUGUCGUGACAUGUUUUCAGGACCCGGCGCGUCCACAGGAAAAUGGGACUCGCUACAUUUAUGGUCACAUGAAUGUCAGCGCUACAGGCCAGAUGCCGGUGAUGGAGGAGCUUGUCAGUGAGAGUGACAGCAUACCAAGGCAGAUGGCUCUGAUCUGCUUCCUGUCUUUGGUCAUGCUGAUGAGCGUCCUGGGAAACCUGCUGGUCAUGGUGGCCGUCUGCAAGGACAGACAACUAAGGAAAAUCAAGACCAACUAUUUCAUCGUGUCCCUGGCGUUUGCUGACCUGCUCGUGUCAGUGCUGGUAAUGCCUUUUGGUACCAUCGAGCUGGUCUACGAGAACUGGAUCUACGGUGAAACGUUCUGUCUGGUUCGGACGUCGUUAGAUGUUCUGCUGACCACUGCUUCUAUACUUCACCUGUGCUGCAUCGCUCUGGACAGAUACUACGCUAUCUGCUGCAAGCCUUUGGUCUACAGGAACAAAAUGACACCAUUACGAGUUGCUUUAAUGAUCGGUGGCUGCUGGGUUAUUCCCACUUUCAUCUCCUUCCUACCCAUCAUGCAGGGCUGGAACACCAUCGGCAUCCAUGAAAAUAUUGAGAAGAAGCGCAACAUGUCAAGCAGUAACUCCACCUCCUGUGUCUUCAUGGUCAACAAGCCAUAUGCCCUCACCUGCUCUUUGGUGGCUUUCUACAUCCCCUUGGUCCUCAUGGUGCUGGCUUACCAGAGGAUCUACAUCACGGCUCGAGCCCACGCCCUUCAGAUCAGCAUGCUGCAGCGGGCAGGCGGGGCUGGGGCCAGCACUCCUGGGACUUCUGGUGCUGGCACAGGAGUGGGAGUUGGUGCAGCUUCAGAUUCUGCCGACCAUCAACGCAACCAUCGCAUGCGAACAGAAACUAAGGCAGCAAAGACUCUAUGCAUCAUUAUGGGAUGUUUCUGCCUCUGUUGGGCACCGUUCUUUGUCACAAACGUGGUGGACCCAUUUAUAGACUACACAGUGCCCGAGCAGCUGUGGACAGCCUGCCUGUGGCUGGGUUACAUAAACUCCAUGCUGAACCCCAUCCUCUACGCCUUCCUCAACAAAUCCUUUCGUCGUGCCUUUCUCAUCAUUUUAUGUUGUGGGAGGAAGAGGUACAGCAGGCCGUCCAUCAUGGCACCCAGCACUGCCACUACAGUUACACAGAUCAACGGUUCAACACACGUACUCAAGAGCGUCCAAUAGAGAUUGUGAGGGACUACAUAUCUGCCCCCUAAAGAUGUGCAGGAGACGGAGGGAGCUCAAGUCCCAGAGAUCCAGGAGUUGCCCCAAAGCACAGGAACUCCAGUGAGACUGCGACCAGAAAAGCCCCCGCUCCCCUUGAGAGGCGCAGAGGAUCGCCCCGGGGGGCCACAACCAGCAGCCGGCAGAGUCCCGGGAGAUAUCGGCGGCAAGCCCACAGGCCCGCCCACAGCCUCCCACCCGCUAGCCGGCCGAGCCCGGAACCUGGGAUCUCUUUAAUUUUUCACAUACUUUUUAAUCUACUAUCUUGUUUUGUUUUGUUUUUCCAAACAGAAAAUGCAUAUUAGAAACCAGCUUGUAAAGACAGGAAAUGAAAUGGGACCAGAUUUGUCUAAUAAUGCUUAAUGCCAUAGUAGCAUUGAUUUCUGAAUGCAUCAUAUCAGUCCUUUGUUUUGUUUGGGAAAUUGUUUCUAACAUUCAGUCAACACUCCAUUGCUAUCAUUGCAGAAUGCGACUGACAUAUAAAGCACCAACAGACUGCUUAAUCAAAACCUAAUUGUUUUUAAUAGAAUCUAUUAGGCACUUAAGUAUUUUGAAUUGAAAAGAAACAAGCUGAUCUAAAUGCAUGUUUCAUUCAAUUAACCCUCUCAGGCACAAACUAAGUUUUGAUAAAAGGACGAACAACUAAGUCCUUCAGGGGUACUCCUGAGUUAAAAAAUGUUCAUGAAAUACGUAUGUGGAGUAACCAGGUAGGUAGGUUUUAACUUUGCAAAUCUGCAACGCCUGCAUCCAGAGGGUUAACGGAGGAUCAAGUUCAUCUGACAAAUGGAUUAGACUGAUGCAGCUGAGCAGCACUUCUUAACAAAGCUUCAUUAGUCAAAUGUGUCAGACUUCCCUAAAUUAAGAUACGAUGAGCUCUUAUUUACCUCAAAUGUCAUAAAAGCAUCUUCAAUUAAAUUAGAAGCAAUGGAUUGUAAACCUUGCAUCUCUUCGGAAUGCCUGCAGCUUCUUCAUGUUUUGCUCUUUAGAUGUUUCAGCAGAAUAAAUCAAAGCCUUCUCUCCAACUGUGUUGCGUAUAUAAUUGGGCAGGUAAACCAAAUUAUAUCUUGUCAUAAUUUCUGCAUUGUGAUAUAUAAUUUUGUAAAUUUGUCCUUUUGUGAAAAGCUGUGCAUGCCCUCUUCCUUUUGAUGUAUUUGAUAAGAGGUUAGAAUAAAAGCACUACAUAAACUUUUGUGCACUAAGACCUUGUAAACAUGUUUUUUUCAGCACUGAUGGAGGCACAAAGUCAAAAUACCAAGGACUGCAGGCAAAUGUUGAAACAAAGAGCCUCAUUCAGUUUGUUGAAACAACUCUCAUGUUGUGAAAACUUUUUAAACCAAACCCUCCAACCCUUUAAGACUGAUUAUUUAUCUUUCUGAAAAGAAAAUUGAUUAGCAUUAGAAAUAGAAAACAUUCUUGGCAAUUUAACCUUUCAAAUUGCAUGAAAUAUAAUUAUAGCUAAAGAUGCAGAGAUAAAACGGCAACGUUUCACGCCAGCAGGGUCCAAUUAAAUAGAAAUUACUGCAUUUGUUAAACUGUUUAACUUACAAAGAUUAGUUUGCUGAAUGGAAGAAUACCAAAUAUUUGUUAAAAGUUGAAAGUCCAAAUGCUUUAAUUUACUCUUUUUGUAUUUUAUAUUCAUAUUAUUUGGAAAGGAGAUGGCAGCUCGUUUUAGUAUAUUUUGAAAUAUUCCUAUUCAGUGAAUGUUAAAUUGAGUCCAGGAAUAACAGAUGUAAUAACAUGAAAACAUAAUCUGUUUCAAUCUGUUGGAAACAAACUAUUGGCUGCAUGCU